GCUGUAGGGUCUGCGAUGUCCUGUCCCAGGUUUGUGCAGAACACCUGGAAGAGGGACCUCUGCUCUAACUGUUUCAAGGGGAAGGAGGACCAUGCUCCUGUGGUGGACAACAGAGCCAGAUAUUUGGCCAGUCUCAAGGAGAUCACCAAGAGACCCCCACCUCCGAGUAUUUUGAAAGGUGCUGUCAGAAAAAACGUGUCUGGUUUUAAAGUCCAUUUUCCAAAAGAGGAAUCCCAAAUUAUAGGGUAUGGUGGUGAUGAAUUCUCUGACAAUGAAGAUGAAGAAUUUGAUCAUGUGGAAGAAGUCAGUAAAGUUCAAGAAGACGUAGUCGAUGAAGAGGAAGACAAAAAUUUUCAAAAACUUACAGAAUCAAAUACGGAAUUUAAUAAAGACCCAACUAAUUUGUCCAUAGUCAGUAGUUCUAAUCCGGUUGAAAGUGUAAAAAAGACAACAAAUACCACUUUGAAAUUGGGCCAGAUUCCAAGUUCUGGUGAGAAAAAACAAACGCUUCUAGUCUCUGUACAACCUUUUGGAUCUCCAGCAAAUAUAACACCUUUAGCUGUGAGUCGGAAAACACAUUUGAACAACCUUUUACACAGUACCGCAGACCCAAUAAAACUUCCAGAAACUGUGGAAGUAAAACCUACAGCUACUCAACCUUCCAUGACAAAAUCAGAAACUGCGGGUGAGAUUAAGACUGAUGAAUCUUGUGACAAAGAAGAUAACACUACAAAUAUUAAUGACAGAGUCUCAUUACCUGUAUCUGAAAUUUCCCAUGUAAAUAAAAUCAUUGUAGAUAGUCCACCAGAGUGUAAAAUAGAGAACGUAUCAAGUAAUGAAACGAAGAAAGUAGACGACGAUAAAGAAGAAAAAAGUAAAAAGACUGAAAAACAAGCAGAGAUUAGAUUGAGUUCCUUAAUCGAGGGGAAGAAGAGUCAAAUAACGAGGGGAACAAUACUGACGAAAUCACAUGAGCAGGCGAAAACGAAAAGGUACUUCCAACUCGGACCCGUGAAACCUGACGAAGAAAGUCCAAUUUCUGAAACUAUAUACAAGAAAUUAGAAGCAAACGAUAAUAAAACCAGUAGCGCAUUCAGUAAAGCUAAGGAUACGAUUUCAAUCAAGACGAGCAUUCAGCAUAAGAACGUUAAGAACAUAGCAAACGGGCUUUUUAGUAGUAAGUUGAUGAAAAAGGAAUUCGGCAUCCAAUCGGACCUUCCGUUGAUGAGGAUGAAGUCGAUUGAUUAUAUUGAUACUAAUGUAAACAGCUUGAACCAAGGAGUGGGGAAAGAGAGUGAAGUAGUUCAAGAAAAAAGGGACAGCGUGUUAGCCGACAUACCGGUGGUGAACUUCGCUAAGGUUUUGCCCUCACAAAACACCGAGGACAAGAGGAAGGACGAGGUGUUGAUCAUCGACGGUGUGCCUGCCGAGAGCAGAGAGAUGGCGGGAGAACCAGAUGGUAGGGCGGACUCGGAUGACUUGGAUGAACCACCUCCAGAUCUUCCCACCACUCCUCCUCCACUCCUGACGGAACACAUUCCCAGGCCUUCUUUCCUCCAUAGCAUCGCCAAAGAGAAACCGAAAUUGCCCACGAAACCAAAGUUGAUGGAAAAGAGCCCACCCAAAGAACUGGUGCUAGACCAAGCAGAGCUGGACGCCAUGCCCUCGGACCCUAGUCUGUCUCCCACCUCUCGACACAACCUCAUCACCAAGAGACAAGCACCCAAGCCCCCACCCACCCCGCUAGGCGAGAGUCCGCCCAAGUUUACCGAGCUAGAGGAUAAUAUGAUGGUACGGCGUGACCGGUCCGGUAGCUGUAGCCCUCUGCCUUCCAACAGCGACAGUUCCAGCAGCUGCCAGACACCAGAACCCAUCAACCGCAGAAGUCUGUCACUGAGCAAUGAGACCCUCGCUGCUCCUUCCCCCCUGCCAGCCGGGAAGAGUUUAAGUUUGAGGAUGGUGGGGGAGGAGUCCCACCCUCUGCCCCCGCCCCGACCCCGCCCAGAGAUCAUCCACCCUCUUGAUCUCAACAAGUCAGGAGUCCAAGUGCUGCGUAGUGAUGGCAGUUUAGUCAAGUCACAGAACAGUUUUCCAGACACCCCCUCUUCUCCCUACAUCGCCCACGUCCCCAUGCCUUCUGGCUACCAUGGAGUGAGACCCAGCAAACCACCACCUCCGCCACGCAGCCAGUCUCUAGACUCUGCCCUAGGGGGGGACCCCCGCCCUGCCCGCCCUCCCCCACCCCACAAACACCUGCUGAGCUCUCAACGUCACAGUGACACUCCCACCCCCUCACCCGCCCCUGGGAACGGACACUCUGUGUAUGUCAACAUCGGGGAGGUGCGUUCAGCGAUCGCUCCGGCCAAACCUCAACGUACGGCCAGUCUCAGAGAGAAGGACAACUGUGACGCGGCGUAUCAAGCCACCUCUGCUCUUCAGAUGUCGGAGAACCUGUACGAGAGUCUGGCCCCGGAGUGUGACCUGAGUCGAGAACGCUCUUCGCUGCCCUACUACGGCAGUGAGACAGAGUCGGACAUUUACUGUCCUUACACCUUCGCGUACAGUCAGAAGGGCGGUGAGGAGCUGAGAGGCUGCAAGCUGCGUAGUGUGGUGCACAAGAACCUGGAGGACAACUACGGUGCUGUCGUGGUGGCCAACCAUGAAGCCUUGACUCAGCUUCUGGAACAGGUGAACCAAGGUCCUGCAGUGCCAGCGUCGUUACGUGCGAUCAAGACUCAGAGUGGACUGCAGUGGACAGACUUCACGGUGGAGAGCGGUGGGGAGGCGGCGGGGGGGCGGGUGUUCCUGCCUGCCCAGUGGGGUGGAGCCCCUGUCACUCUGUGUCUCACAGCGGGCCAGGCCAGGCUUCCGGCAUGCCUUGGACCUGUCACACAGUUCUUCGACCUGGUGGCCAGCCAGUUCCUCCAUCAGGACAAGACUGAGCUUGUACAAGUGUCCAUAGCAGUACUGGUGAGGCAAGAGUUCUUUUCACUGCCAAGUUUUGCCGCCCAACUUCCAUCCUGUGCUGACGCAGUGAGAGAGUCAGCACUGCUGAUGGUCCAGGUGGUGAACAGUCUCAAGACCCUGCAGGCUCAGGGGCGGGAGGAGGCCAGUCUCUCCCAGUUUGUGGUGUCUAGAGAGGACAGACAGUUCAGCCCCAGGGUGUGUUUGUUACCUCAGGACGCAGAUAAGGGCGGAGAGAGUGUGUCUCUGUGUCAGUGCGCGGUGAAGGCUACAGAACUGUUGUCGCUGCCGCCACCUCUCAAUGCCAUCCUGCGAUCAGAGUUACGCGAGGAGCGAGCCACUUCUCUGACCCGCGCUAAGGCUGCCCUGGAGCUCUGGCUAUGGGGCCCCACUCACAUGCCCGUAUCUCCAGACACACAGGGAAGCCUCCAGCGGUGGUUGGACCUGGAGAGAGCGACUGUGCUUCACUCCCUGGUGGUCCGUCGACCCCUCACGCUCAACUGUGGCGACUACUGUCACCUGUCAUUCCUCGUCAGGACCAACGCCAAGGUCAUGUGCGACGCUCUCGCGCUUCUAGACAAGCCUGCUACAACCACCACGUGAAGAUGGCUGUGCUCUCUGCUGCCGCUGCCAUAGACCCAGUUACUCUGCUCAAUACAAUAAGAUUUGUCUAUAUUUGUACAGCCGCUGUGUAUUUAUUGUUAAGUUUGUAAAUUUGUUAUGACUAGCCGUUGUUGCUCAUCGUGUGACUUGCAAAUUUCUCUUUUAUUCAAACGUGACCAUUCUGCUAAGAUGGUAAUUUUAUUAUUAAUAAUUUUAUAAUUGGUUUAGUUUUGAAAGGUGCAUAGGAUAUUAAGUGUUUUUAUAUAAAAUCUUCUUACUACUUGAUGAUUAUGUUUUAUUCAAUACCUUUUUGCUUUAAAUCAUAUAAUUUCAGUUUAAUGCUGCUUCAACAAAGUGUUUACAUUGGUAUUUAUAAUGUAUAAUGUACGGUCUGCUGAUUUUUCUAUCCAUACAAACUUUUUUUAGGGUACAGUAUUAUAUUCAGAAAAUAAUUUACAAUUACAUGUUUGCUCAAUUUACAAUAUAAAUUUUACUGUUGAAACAUUUUUAUAAAUGGAUUAGAAGUGAUUGAGUACAAAUAUGAUUAAUAAAUUAAACGAAACUUUAACCAUUAGUCCUGCACAGGUCGAUAAAAUUUAUUUUAUUUACUGUUUAGUGCAAAUGGACCAUUAUUAAUUUUCAGAUUAAUUUAUAUUAUUGCAAUAAUAUAAUAUUAAUCAAAAUAACCCUUUAUGUUUUUACAUAUCUUACAGAGGCAUGUCAAUAGUAUUAUUUCUGUGUAUAUGAGAAAAUUGUAUCAUUACUUCAAUUAAUGUAGAGUGCAUGUAUUUGUUCCAAAUUUACACUGUAGAUUUCAUCUUCCUUUCAUUGUGACUAUACAUUAUUUUGAUAUAAGAUUUUGUAUUGUUGUUUCCAAUUAGUUUGUAUUUAUAUUGUUGUGCAACAAUUUACUUUGGAAAUCUUUUUCAUGAAAACAUUGCAUGUAAAAAAAUGUUAGUUAUUAGAUGAAAAUGUCAGAAUAAAAAUCUGGAAUAACAGGAACUUACUGCCUUGCAUUUGUUAUAACGUCAUGUAGAUAAUGUAUUUGAUAUUUUUAUAUAUUACAAACAACCUUUUUUCUGAAAAUAAAAGAUGACAUAGUU